GAAAUUAAGAAGAAACAGAGUGUCCAUACUAUUAAUACUAUUAACAUUCCCCAAAUUCUCAUGGAUAGAAAAGAUAAUUAAGUGAUCAAUUAGAAGAAAUGUUGCAGUUCCAAGCAGCUUCCAUGAAUCCAAUGAUUCAAUUUUCACCUACUAAAACCAAAUUCCCUUCUUCUUCUUCUUCUUCUUCACCAUUUUUCUUCAGCAAAACAAAAACCUCUGUUUCUCAAACAGUUUCCAUUAGUCAAGGUUACAAGAUGGAUGGGUUCCAAGAUUUUGAACUCAAAGUUCGUGAUUACGAGCUGGAUCAAUUCGGUGUAGUCAACAAUGCCGUUUAUGCAGAUUAUUGCUACCAUGGUCGUCACGAAUUGCUAGAAAGGAUAGGAGUGAGUCGAGAUGCAAUUACUGAGAGAGGGGAAUCGUUAGCACUAUCAGAUUUGUCGAUGAAAUUCCUUUCACCACUUAGAAGUGGAGACAGAUUUGUUCUUAAAGUGAGGGUGGUGGGAGUCUCAAAGGUACGGAUCUAUGUUCAUCACUUGAUUUUCAAGCUUCCAAAUAUGGAGGCAAUCUUAGAUGCAAAGGCUACGGCAGUAUGGGUUAAUAAAAGCAAUCGUCCAGUGCGACUCCCAGAAGAGCUUUUGUCAAAAUUUGCUGAUUAUGUUGGGGAACAACGACAACAACAUCACUUCAAAACAGAACAACAUUAGUACUAUUGUCGUGUAAUUUCAUACCUGUGUGUUAUGUAAUGGUAAUUAAAGAUAGAGUUCAAGGUCAAAUCUUUAAUCCGAUUGAGGCUCAUUAGAUUGAAAUAUCAAUAAAAUUUCAUUACAACUUUUACCGAGUUGAA